GGAUUAAGCAGGGUACCUAACAAAUCCUCGCUGGCCCAGUCCACGGCAGCCAACAGCGCCGUCCUCCCGUUUAUGUCGAGUGCCUCUGUUUCUACGCCAAGCUCCAAUAAUUUCUUCACGACACGCUUUUGGGAUCUUUUGACGGCCGAAAUUAGUGGCGUCUCGUUGGUGGGUUUUACCACAGCAUCCAGGCCGAUGAGGUCGGUGAGGUCGAAAUAGGAAUAGAACUCGUCCAGAAGCAUCAACGCAAAGUUUUCCUGGUGGUUAGAGAUAGCUCGAUGUAGGGCCGAGUAGUUUGAUUCGUCUCUCUAGCGAGAAGAUCUCUCCUGGAUUCUAGAAGGUAUCGUCCGAUCUCGAUAGACCCGCUCUUGUACGGAGUCGCAGCCGACCCACCUCAUCGGCACCGACCUAGGCAGGGACCGUAUGACGAUAAAGUGCGACAUGGUCCAGGUCGUGCACGGCACGAUGGCGGAACAGGGCUCGCCCACAACGCUGGCGGUAUUCCAGUUUGCCUUCGUACGGCGGGCCAGGCGAGCACGCUUCAAGUCGGUCGAGAUCACCUUCGUGUUUACGACAGGCGAGGUGCAGGACAUUGCGCCCCAGCACACAUUCGUCGUAAUGCCGUCCACUACGACGCGCGAAGUCACCCACAGCGUCAGCCCAACGCUCGAGGCCGCGUACGGACCCGUGAAGGCCAGCGUCGGAUACACGUGGCAGCAAACAGACACCACGACGAGCCUUACCGACUACACGUAUAUAACAGGUUUAAUUAAGUCGCUACGCGCAAAGGACGGCCCCAAGCGUCCUGCCAACGCCGUCAUCUGGACCCUCAAGGAGAACGGGCAGACGAAAUCAGGCAUCCCACACUUCAUACAGACGGCGCUGCUCCUCAAGCGUAAUAAGCCCCUGCUAGGCACGCCGCAGGCCGGCUUCACCGCUAAGGUAUCGAUUCGCGCCGACGUAGAUAGCAAAACAUCAGCUAAGGAGGCGGGCGAGAGCUUCAAGGGGCAGUUUUCGGGCAGGUCACAGAAGGGCCGUGAUAUUAUAUUCAACCCUCUCGUCAGCAGAGGCGACUUACAGAACACGAACACGCUAGGGCGCAAGAAAUUAAGUGUCUUUCAGAUGCUAUGGCAAUUUCCGGACUAGGUAGACGGGGUCGAGGCGCUCGCUCCCGGAAAUCCGCAGCCUUCCACGAAGCAGCAAUUUCCCGAGGACGAGACUCAACAACAUGUAACAACGAUAAGAACGCAGACUCAACGAGCUAGUAAAGAAGCUCUCAGCGUUGGCGUUACUAACGAGGCUACGGCCGGUAGAGAGGUAGAGUUUGGAUUAUCGCAUGCAGUAAUAAUCCCACCGCCCGAGUCAGAAGACUUCCCUACGGAUAUUGAGUAUAAGGCCGGGGUAGUCCACGUAAACACCGAAGCCGAGCCCGAGCUCCGGGAGAAGUUGGCUUUAACCAGGGCUGAGGCGGGAUUUGUAAAGCGGCUAGUCGAUCUCAUAAAAGAAGAGAGGGAGAUCCUCGCUAAGAUACGACGGGUGCAGAAGCUGCGGGCCACAAAGACGGCCGGGCCUGCUUUAGCUCUGUAUUGGCGUUGAGGCCGACGCGGAAAAUAUUAUUGUGAAAGGUGCUUCAGUGUCCAUUUCUGAGAUGCCUCCUGGGGUUUCCCAGGGGAUCACCACACUCGCUGCAGUGGGUUCUAUG